ACAACGAAAACGGACCAAUGAUCUUACGAAGUAGUUGGAAGUGGUGGAUUUGAAUUUAGGAUAAACAGAACACACCGGAUUUUUUCGCAUUCCAGCUGUAAAGCGUAUUUUGUUUAAUUCAAGGAAGUUACAGAAACGGUUACUCUUUCAAUUAAAAAUACAUUUCAGAGGAGUUAAAUAUCUACAGCACACUGGAAAUAUGGAAGAGGAGGAACACACAGACAGGCAGCACCAACUUGCUAUGUUGUGUCAGAAGCUUGACCGAAUUAAGACAAGAUUUCUUGUUGAAGAUGACACAGACAAUAUCAACCAGGUCAUUGGCUCAAAUUCCCCCGAAACAUGUCUCAGAUACCUUAUGGACGUGGAGAAGAAAGGAGACCCUCUCUUGGAUCCUAAUCAUCUCACAAAGCUUAUAGCCUUGUAUACCCGUGUAUUCACAAAUAUGCCAGUGGGGAAACACUGUCAAAAUGAGAGCUAUGCCAGGAUGCUGGUCAGAUCUGCAGAGCUGAAUGCAAUCCAAGAUGCCGAUCGAGCAGAAGACGGGUUCAAUGUGGCAACUAAGCACUGCCAGGAUUUUGCUUUUGUCCACAUUGCAUAUGCUCAGUUUGAACUGUCUCAAGGCAACACGAAGAAAAGCACUUUGAUACUUAAGCGGGCUAUUGAAGUAAAUGCCAAACCUGCAGAGCUUCUGGAGGCUGCAAUCCAGAACCUGACAUUGGGCAAAGCACAACUUCUGUUCUCAGAUGACAAGGAAAAUGUGCCAGUGUCAUCUUCUAAUAACAUGCAUGGUUCUGCAAAGAAUUGCAAGGUUUCCAGACAUUCUGAUGGUACAGGUGACUUGCAGAUGUCCAGUAUUUUUUCUUUAGGAACAAUGGAACAGCAGAAUGGAAUGCUGGAUGACCAGCUUCCAGUGUGGCAGUCUGGGUCUCUACGAAAGAGAAUCACUGGCAUGCCUGGCAGGGUGCCAUUAGUUCACCGCUCAAUCCCAGAAAUGGAUGACAGCGAGGACAGUGGUGAAAGACCAGUGAAGAGGAGCGAGGCUUUAAUCCCCAGCAGCUUGUCCCGGCAAACGUCAGGAUCAAAAUCUGGCGCCAUGUUUUCCUUAUCGUCGGCCAAGAAGCAUGUUGUAGAUGGGGACUUCCUCUGUCUAAAGCCACCUGUCAUCAGUCCCGAGCCACGUCCAUGGGAGGAUGUGGGAAUGGUUGAUUCCACCACUACACUGCUUCACAGGCGAGAAUCAACUAGGAUGGAAGAUACCACUGACAAAAUAAACCAGAUCAUCAACUCCAACUCCCCUGAGACAUGCCAGAUGUAUCUGGCCAAGCUGGAGAGCCAGGGAAAUCCUCACACCGACGCCAACCUUCUUGUUAAGCUGAAGGACUUUUAUUGCACUGUCUUCUCCAGGCUGCCAUUGGGGAUGCACAGCAAAAACGAGAGCUAUGCCAAGAUGCUGGUCCGAUUCGCUGAACUUAAAGUAUUUGAUGACCCAGAUGAAGCUCGGGACAACUUCAACGUUGCAAGAUCCCACUGCAAAGACUUCGCCUUUGUGCACAUUGCACAUGCUCAGUUUGAGGUCAUGCAAGGUCAAGUGAAGAAAGGCAGCGCCAUACUGCAGAAAGCCCUAAAGAUGAAUGCCAAGCCCACAGAGCUAAUUGAGACUGCAAUGCGGAAGUUAAAGGCGGGCAACACUCAUCUUUUACCUGCAGAUGACAAAGAAAGUCUACCAGCGUUACACCCCCACUUUCCUUCGAAUGUCUCAAACUAUGCUAGAGACAAAGAGCUUGAGAUUCCCACCCGGACACCUCUGGUCCAGACUCAGCCCAAACCCCCUAGCGCAGGGUCGUCUUCAGGAUGGAAAAUGCCGACCUAUGUCAGCCGAGGCGUAUCUCCAGAGGAGAAGCGCACCCCACCUUAUAUGUCCACUCCUCGUCUGGGGGACUGUCUGCCAACCCUAUCACUACCUCUCCCGUCCAGACUCAAUCCGCCCGUUGCCUGCCAGACGCCACACAAUAAAGACCCCUGUGCCAACAGCCAUAUCACUCCCGUAGUCAAGGGGAACCCCAAUUUUGCGGCCCCUCUGUCAGCAGCUCCCAGAGCCUGCCCUGAACCACAGCAGCCCUGCACUCCCUUAAGCCGAGUUUCCUAUGCCCAGCAGACCCCACAGGGUUCGGUUGCUGCUUUCUCAAAUGACUCCAUCACGAUUAAAGGCAAGCAGUUUUUCAUCCUGAAGAUGAUUGGUCGUGGCGGCUCCAGUAAGGUGUACCAGGUACUGGACCAACGGAAGCAGCUGUUUGCGGUGAAGUAUGUGAACCUGGAGGAGGCUGAUGCCCAGACUGUUGAGAGCUACAAGAAUGAGAUAGAGCAUCUCAAUCACCUGCAGCAGUACAGUGAUCAGAUUAUAAAGCUGUACGAUUAUGAAAUAACUAACAAUUAUAUCUACAUGCUGAUGGAAUGUGGCAACCUGGACCUCAACACAUGGCUUCGGAACCGUAAAACCAUCAACCCACUGGAGCGGAAGUUCUACUGGAAGAAUAUGUUGGAGGCAGUCCAGACAAUUCACAAACAUGGUAUCAUCCAUAGUGAUUUGAAACCAGCCAAUUUUGUGAUUGUGAACGCCUCGCUCAAAUUGAUUGACUUUGGCAUUGCAAAUCGCAUCCAGCCAGACAUGACCAGUAUUAUGAAGGAUUCUCAGGUGGGAACAUUGAACUACAUGCCCCCUGAAGCCAUCAAAGAUACAUCAUCCAAACCAGGAAAGGCAAGUUCAAAGAUUAGCGCCAAAGGCGACGUGUGGUCUCUUGGGUGCAUCCUGUACUGCAUGACCUAUGGGAAGACUCCAUUCCAGACCAUCACUAACCAAGUUGUCAAGCUACAGGCCAUCAUUGACCCAUCCCAAGAGAUUGAGUUUCCCGACAUUGCAGAGAAGGAUCUGCUAGAUGUGUUGAAGAGGUGUUUGGUACGAAACCCAAAAGAGCGUAUUUCCAUAGCUGAGCUGCUAGAACAUUCAUACCUAAGGAUUCAGUCUCAACAACAGUCCCAUGUACCAGAACCUACUAGCAAUAAUGAUCUGAAGAGGAUCCUCAAUGAGCUUGCUGCUUUACAGUCCCCCAACAGCAUUGCCAGAGCUGCUAAUAACUUGGCAGCAAUGUGCAACAGUGGCCGGAAACUGGAUGUCGCAGGGUGUGUGAAGUCCUCCAGCCAGCUCAACUGGAAGAUGUGAUCUGGCCAAUCAGAAGUUCCAUUAAUGCCCUAGAAGCAUUUCCGUGUUCAAUGUGGAGAACUAUUAUCCUAGCCCAAGUCAAGCUGUGCUCAAUAGACACAGAUAUUAAGGUAUAUUUAGACAUGGAUACCUUGCUAUGCAGAUUCUUUCUGGCAGUGCACUUGCCCUUUUUGAAUACUUUGAAAAUGCAUCCUUUUUUCCUUCCCUGAAGUAAUUGUAGAUAUGACUUGUCUGGGCUGGUGAUAGCUGGGAAUUGAUUCUGUUGCACAUUGCCCAUGCCAUUCUUAAGCCCAACCAGAAUAAAGUAUGCCCUGCCUGGCAGGGCAUUUUCACUGUUUGAAUUCCUUGUAAAUCUUUACUUUUGUCCCUCGAAGAAAUCACUUCUUUCCUCUGGAUUGGUGAAAGCAAUGAAGUGGAAAUGAUGUAAGAUUAAGAAUGCAGUGAAAGAGAAUGCAUUUCACUUUAUUGUUUAAGACACUUAUCUGCGCCAAAGAAACCUUUUCUCGGGUCUUUGUCAGAAGGAUUUGUUACUUGUUCAGAUUGUUAUACCAUGUGGAGUACUUGUCAGUAAAUUCUUAUUACAAAUGUAUUUUUACUCUAUUGUUUUACUCUUGUUUCUUGAACAUGUAUCUUA